UAAUGCACCUUCUUCCUCACCAUCUCUUCUUCCUUUGCAACCUGUAAACACCUUCAAUCCUUCAUCUCUUACAAAAUGGACCAUAGCCUCAGUUGUGAUCUAUUAUUAUGACGGUUUCAUGAUUCCAGAAGAGUUGAAAUCACUUGAUGACUUUUCUUGGUAUUUUUGUCUCUCUUACCAAACAAGCAUCAACAUUGGAAUCUUCUCUUGUAAGCAUCCAAAGAGGACAGAAGAUCCAAUGAAGUUUCUUGCUAUUUGUGUUGCUGAUUGUUGCCUUCUUAUGCAUACAAACCCAAAAUGAAGAUUCUGAUUUGGCUAGCUAUUUUGCAUCCAACAACAACAAAGGCCUUAUUCCACUAGUUAUUUUACAUCCCCACCACUUUAUUUUUUAAUUUUUUUGGCCUCUUUCCCCUUCCUUCCUAGUUAUCCAUGGAAAUUGUGAAAAAUCAUCAGGUAAAAUUGCUUUGGUUAGUAGUUAUAUGAAGAUUGUUAAACUUGAUUUCUCCCUUUAAACUGUGUUUCUUGCUGACUAGUCAAAAGGUAUAUCCAACCAACAUUAUUAGUGAGGAUUAUAUUAUACAUUUUUCUAAAUAAUAUUCGGUAAUGGCCAUGUUGAAUAUGAAGCAAUGGCUAGUUGGAUUUGGGAGUCUAGUUAAGGUUGUGGUUUUUUCAUGCUUGUGGUUGCAAGUUUCAAGUCUUGGCUCCAUGUCUUCCAUUGCCACCUCUUAUGGAGACAAAGGGUCCGUUUUUUGUGGCUUGAAAUCAGAUGGAUCUCACACUGUGACCUGCUAUGGAAUGAACUCAGCCAUAAUUUAUGGAACACCAACGCAUUUCCCGUUCCUUGGUCUAACCGGUGGCGAUGGCUUUGUGUGUGGCCUUCUAAUGAGUUCUAGUCAACCAUAUUGCUGGGGUAGCAGUGGCCAUGUUGAAAUGGGUGUGCCACAGCCUAUGGUUAAGGGAGCACAGUACCUAGAGAUCAGUGCUGGGGACUAUCAUGUUUGUGGAUUGAGGAAACCAUUGACAGGGAGACACAGGAACACUUCCUUGGUUGAUUGUUGGGGCUACAACAUGACCAAUAACUAUGUGUUUGAUGGACAGGUUCAAUCAAUCUCAGCAGGUUCUCAAUUCAAUUGUGGCUUGUUUUCCCAGAAUAGGACUGUGUUCUGCUGGGGAGAUGAGAGUAGUAGCCCAGUUAUUGAUAUGAUCCCUCAUGGCACGAGGUUCCAGAAGAUCUCUGCUGGAGGGUACCAUGUGUGUGGAAUCUUGGAAGGGGUGAAUUCUAGAGCAGUUUGUUGGGGGAGGAGCUUGUUGGAUAUGGGGGAAGAGGUUUCAAUUUCAUUGAGACAAGGACAAGGUAAUAAUGUUGAUAUGGCUCCAACGGAUCCAAUGCUUUCUGUGGUGGGAGGGAAGUUCCAUGCAUGUGGCAUUAAGAGCUAUGAUCAUGGAGUGGUUUGCUGGGGCUAUAGUUUCAAAGCAGGUACCCCAGUUCCUAGAGGGAUUAAGGUCUUCGUGGUUUCUGCUGGGAAUUACUUUACUUGUGGAAUACUUGUUGAGAAAUCUCUUGUGCCUGUUUGUUGGGGUGUUGGCUUCCCUUCAUCUCUUCCUUUGCCUGCCUCACCAAGAAUGUGUAGGUCUACACCAUGUCCUCCAAGUUACUAUGAAACCCCACAAAAUGGUCUUUGCAAGUCUCCAGGUUCCCAUGUUUGCAUGCCAUGCAGUCCUUCUUGUCCUCCUGAGAUGUACCAAAGAAGUGGAUGCAACUUGAAAUCUGACAUAUUAUGUGAAUAUAAUUGUUCCAUCUGUUCCUCACCUGAAUGCCUCUCCAAUUGCUCCUCUUCCAAUGAUGCUGCCAGUGGCAAGAAGAGUGAAAGAUUUUGGUCCAUGCAGUUGCCAGUGGUUAUUGCUGAGAUAGCUUUUGCUGUUUUCUUAGUUAGCAUUGUGUCCAUAACCGCUGUGUUGUAUGUUCGCUACAAGCUGAGAGAUUGUCAAUGUCCUUCAGUGAGAGGCUCAAAUGUGAAGAAACUAAAAGGGGGUUGCUCACACCAAAAGGAGAAAUGCAAGAUCAGACCAGACUUGGAGGAGUUCAAGAUCAGAAGGGCACAGAUGUUCCCCUAUGAGGAACUUGAGAGAGCAACUAGUGGAUUCAAAGAAGAAUCCAUAGUGGGGAAGGGAAGUUUCUCUUGUGUGUUCAAGGGUGUUCUCAAAGAUGGCACUGUUGUUGCUGUCAAAAGGGCCAUAAUGUCUCCCAACGUGCAGAAAAACUCCAAGGAGUUUCACACUGAGCUUGACUUGCUCUCUAGAUUGAACCAUGCACACUUGCUCAAUCUACUAGGAUACUGUGAAGAAGGUGGAGAGAGGCUCCUUGUUUAUGAAUACAUGGCUCAUGGCUCUUUGCAUCAACACCUACAUGGCAACAAAGUGAUGAAAGAGCAACUUGAUUGGGUGAGAAGAGUAACAAUUGCAGUGCAAGCAGCACGUGGAAUAGAAUAUUUGCAUGGCUAUGCAUGUCCACCAGUGAUCCAUAGAGACAUCAAGUCUUCAAACAUCCUCAUUGAUGAAGAACACAAUGCUAGAGUGGCUGAUUUUGGUUUGUCACUGCUUGGUCCUGCAGAUAGUAGCUCCCCUCUGGCUGAGUUGCCAGCUGGCACUCUUGGUUAUCUUGACCCUGAAUACUAUAGGCUUCACUAUCUCACAACAAAGUCUGAUGUGUACAGCUUUGGUGUCCUACUUUUGGAGAUUCUAAGUGGUAGAAAAGCCAUAGACAUGCAAUAUGAAGAAGGGAACAUUGUUCAAUGGGCAGUGCCCCUGAUCAAGUCAGGAGACAUAGAUGCAAUUUUGGACCCAGUUUUGAAACCCCCUCCUGACCUUGAUGCAUUGAGAAGGAUAGCAAAUGUGGCAUGCAAAAGUGUGAGAAUGAGAGGGAAAGAUAGGCCCUCAAUGGACAAAGUGACAACAGUUUUGGAGAGAGCUUUGGCACAGUUGAUGGGAAGUCCUUGCAUUGAGCAACCAAUUUUGCCAACUGAAGUGGUUUUGGGAAGUAACAGAUUGCACAAGAAGUCAUCUCAAAGAUCUUCAAACAGGUCAGAAAGUACUGAUGUGGAGGAUCAAAGGUUUGAGUUUAGAGCACCCUCAUGGAUCACUUUCCCAAGUGUGACUUCCUCUCAGAGAAGGUCAGGCUCAGAGGCUGAUGUUGAGGGGAAAAACAUUGCAGAAGGGAGGCAUAACGUUGGAGGUGGUGGUGAUGUUUUGAGAAGCCUUGAGGAAGAGAUUGGUCUUGCUUCUCCUCAAGAGAGACUCUUCUUGCAACACAACUUCUAACUUGAAGAAAGUAGAUGGUGUUACUGUUCACGAAAUUUUUGUUUUGUUUAGUUGAGUUUCAUCAUAUAUGAAUGAAUGCAACUCUUACACUACUUAGUUGCUAUUUCCUGAGAGUUGUGUUUUCAGAAUCUUAGUGGAGCUUUCAUUCUUUCAUGCAGUUACACUUGGAUGUAAGGUAACUAUCAUCUUAUUUUAUUGAUUGUAAAGCGUAUCAUCUGUGUUCAAUUCUAUCAUAACGUUGUCUUUUUUUUC